AUGCGACUCUCAACGACCUAUCUCGCCGCCGCCCUGGCCGUCGUCCAAUCUGCCGCCGCCAUGAGGGAGCUCUUACUUACCCCCGACUCGCCCGUCUCCGGAUCUGGCAACAACUCGCCCUCCACAAAAUCUGGCAACAACUCGCCCUCCACAAAAUCUGGCAACAACCGGCCCUCCAGAAAACCUGGCAAGGCCAUCAAAUAUAAUGGGUGCCAGGUUACAGUCGUAGCCAACCAUCAUUCAAGGGCAAAGCCAGGGGAUAUCUGGAGGUAUCAGUCUUUGCCGGCCGUAUGUGGUUACUGGGGCAAUACAUUAGAGGUGGAGCAACAAUCAGCAUAA